AGGAGGAAGGAGGAGGCAAAGAAAAGAAGCGGCGGCGGCGGCGGAGGAGGGGGCGAGGAGGCGCGCGGCCCCCGCUCCCUCCCUCCCCCCCUGACCCCCGCCGGCCGGCCCCCAGCCCCAGCCCCGGAGGGAGCUCAUGGGAGUAUGAAGGAGAUGGUAGGAGGCUGCUGCGUAUGUUCGGACGAGAGGGGCUGGGCCGAAAACCCGCUGGUCUACUGCGAUGGGCACGCGUGCAGCGUGGCCGUCCACCAAGCUUGCUAUGGCAUCGUCCAGGUGCCAACGGGACCCUGGUUCUGCAGGAAAUGUGAAUCUCAGGAGCGCGCAGCCAGGGUGAGGUGUGAGCUGUGCCCGCACAAAGAUGGGGCAUUGAAGAGGACUGACAAUGGAGGCUGGGCCCAUGUGGUGUGCGCCCUCUACAUCCCGGAGGUGCAGUUCGCCAACGUGCUCACGAUGGAGCCCAUCGUUCUGCAGUACGUGCCUCAUGAUCGCUUCAACAAGACCUGUUACAUCUGUGAGGAACAGGGCCGGGAGAGCAAAGCUGCCUCGGGAGCCUGCAUGACCUGUAACCGCCACGGAUGCCGACAAGCUUUCCAUGUCACCUGUGCCCAGAUGGCUGGCCUGCUGUGUGAGGAAGAAGUCCUGGAGGUGGACAAUGUCAAGUACUGCGGCUACUGCAAAUACCACUUCAGCAAGAUGAAGACAUCCCGGCACUCCAGCGGGGGAGGAGGAGGAGCAGGAGGAGGCAGCAGCAGCGGUGGAGGAGGUGGCAGCAGUGGUGCCAGCGGUGGUGGAGGUGGCACAGGGGGAGGCAGCAGCAACAGCUUCCUUAGCGGCAGGAGAAGCCGGUCAGCCUCGCCAUCCACCCAGCCGGAGAAGCACCCUACCCACCAUGAGAAGGGCCAGAAGAAGAGUCGAAAGGACAAAGAACGCCUUAAACAGAAGCACAAGAAGCGGCCUGAGUCCCCCCCCAGCGUCCUCGCCCCGCCUGCGGUUCCCACUGCUGAUAAGGUCUCCUCAGCGACUUCUUCCUCCCACCAUGAGGCCAGCACUCAGGAGACCUCUGAGAGUAGCAGGGACUCAAAGGGGAGAAAGUCUUCCAGCCAUAGCCUGAGUCAUAAGGACAAGAAACUGGGCACUGGGAAAGGCUCAUCUCUGCAGAGCUCUCCUGACUUUGCAGCGUUCCCCAAACUGGAGCAGCCGGAGGAAGACAAGUACCCCAAGCCUGCGGCCCCCACCCCGCCGGCCCCUCCCUCGCCCACGGCCCCUGAGCCCCCAAAGGCUGACCUCUUUGAACAGAAAGUUGUCUUCUCUGGCUUUGGGCCCAUGAUGCGCUUCACCACCACCGCCUCCAGCUCCAGCCGGGCCCGAGCCCCUUCACCUGGAGACUAUAAGUCUCCCCAUGUUACUGGGGCCGGGGCCUCAGCAGGCACCCACAAACGGAUGCCCGCACUGAGUGCCACCCUUGGACCUGCUGAGGAGGCCCCUGAGACGACCCUGAAGGAGAAGAAACACAAAGCCAGCAAAAGGAGCCGACACGGGCCAGGCCGACCCAAAGGGAGCAGAGGCAAGGAGGGUGCUCCAGGCCCGACUGCCUCCCUCCCUGCAGCUCAGCUCGCUGGCUUCACUGCCACUGCAGCCUCACCCUUCUCUGGGGGUUCCCUGGUCAGCGCUGGCCUGGGGGGUCUGGCCGCCCGUACCUUUGGGCCUUCAGGAAGUUUGCCCAGCUUGAGCCUAGAGUCAUCUCUGCUGGGGGCAGGCAUCUAUACCAGUAAUAAGGACCCCAUCUCUCAUGGUGGAGGGAUGCUGCGGGCUGUCUGCAGCACCCCACUCUCUUCCAGCCUGCUGGGGCCUACAGGCACCUCAGCCUUGCCACGCCUCAGCCGGUCCCCAUUCACCAGCACCCUCGCAUCCUCUUCUGCUUCCAUCUCCACCACUCAGGUGUUUUCUCUGGCUGGCUCAACCUUCAGCCUCCCUUCAUCCCACAUCUUUGGAACCCCCAUGGGCACUGUUAACCCCCUCCUCACCCAAGCGGAGAGCAGCCACACAGAGCCAGACCUAGAAGACUGCAGCUUCCGGUGUCACGGGACCUCCCCCCAGGAGAGUCUCUCUUCCAUGUCUCCCAUCAGUAGCCUCCCUGCGCUCUUCGACCAGACGACGUCGGCACCCUGUGCGGGUGGCCAGUUAGACUCCACAGCCCCCGGGACAACCAACAUGGAGCAGCUGCUGGAGAAGCAGGGUGACGGAGAGGCUGGUGUCAACAUUGUGGAGAUGCUGAAGGCCCUGCAUGCACUGCAGAAGGAAAACCAGCGGCUGCAGGAGCAGAUCCUUAGCCUGACAGCGAAGAAGGAGCGGCUGCAGAUCCUCAACGUGCAGCUCUCCGUCCCCUUCCCCGCCCUGCCUGCCGCCCUGCCGGCCACCAACGGCCCUGUCCCGGGGCCCUAUGGACUGCUUCCUCAAGCUGGCAGCAGUGACUCCCUGAGCGUCAGCAAGAGCCCUCCCGGGAAGAACAGCCUCGGCCUGGACAAUUCCCUGUCCACCUCUUCCGAGGACCCACACUCAGGCUGCCCGAGCCGCAGCAGCUCUUCGCUCUCCUUCCACAGCACGCCCCCACCGCUGCCCCUGCUCCAGCAGAGCCCCGCUACUCUGCCCUUGGCCCUGCCUGGGGCUCCUGCCCCACUCCCACCCCAGCCACAGAACGGGCUGGGCCGGGCGCCUGGAGCAGCGGGGCUGGGAGCCAUGCCCAUGGCUGAGGGGCUGUUGGGUGGGCUGGCAGGCAGCGGGAGCCUGCCCCUCAAUGGGCUUCUGGGAGGGUUGAAUGGGGCUGCUGCUCCCAACCCCGCGGGCUUGAGCCAGGCUGGCGGGGCCCCCACGCUUCAGCUGCCAGGUUGUCUCAACAGCCUGACAGAGCAGCAGAGACACCUCCUUCAGCAGCAAGAGCAGCAGCUGCAGCAGCUGCAGCAGCUCCUGGCCUCUCCACAGCUGACCCCAGAGCACCAGACUGUGGUCUACCAGAUGAUCCAGCAGAUUCAGCAGAAACGGGAGCUGCAGCGGCUACAGAUGGCUGGGGGCUCUCAGCUGCCCAUGGCCAGUCUACUGGCUGGAAGCUCCACCCCACUGCUGUCCGCGGGCACCCCUGGCCUGCUGCCCACAGCAUCAGCCCCACCCCUGCUGCCUGCUGGAGCCCUGGUGGCCCCUUCACUGGGCAGCAAUACAAGUCUAAUGGCUGCAGCGGCUGCGGCCGCAGCAGUGGCGGCGGCAGGCGGACCUCCAGUCCUCACUGCUCAGACCAACCCUUUUCUCAGCCUGCCUGGGGCAGACGCCAGUGGGAAUGGCCCCAAAGGAGGGACCGCUGACAAAGGAGCCUCAGCCAGCCAGGAAAAAGGCUAACUCCAUCUGCCCCUACUGACCCCUACAUGGCUUGAGGGUCCUUGUCUGGAGUGGGCAACUGGGCCCAGACUCUGGAAAGCCAGGCCCAGGGCCUGUGCUGAUCCCCAGGGAGUGCGUGCCUGGCGUUCCAGGUGCACAUGGAGGAGAGAGACUGGAGGGAGCCCUUCACCUGGCCCACCCCUCACUGCACUGGCUGCUUCAGAGGGUCGGGAGGACAGGCUCCUAGCCUGCCUAGGAGACCCCAUCCUCCUCAGAUGCCUAGGGGCCCCCAAAGAGCAAAGUAGGUCUCGGCAUAAGAGAUGGAGGGUUGGUUGGACCUACCACAUAAACCAAUCAGCACUUGAAUGGGGAAGGUGGAAGAAGGGUGGACCCCCAGGCCUAUCCCUGUGUGGAAAUUUCUUACGGAGAAAGGGCUGGGCCCACCUGACCUUCCAUUUCUUCCCAGCAGAAGGGAUCCAUCCCUUUGACUGUUUCUUAUCAUCCCUUCCCACUGAGGGUCACAAGCUGAGCUUGGAAAAGCCUACAGAUGUGGGGGGCUGAGGAAGGGCAGGACAGCACCUCUUGGGGCCCCAUGAUGGGGCUGGCUAGGGACAUCCCGUGCUGACCUGGGUGCCCUGCCCCUUUUUGCACUAUUGGCUUGAGGAGUGCCGAGGGUAGGGAGAGGGAGCUGCCUGACUCCACAGAUUGUGUGUGUGUGUGUGUAUGUGUGUGUAUGUGUGUGUGUGAGAGAGAGAGAGAGAAAUGGUUAGUCUGUUUAACCUGUCCGUCUGUCUGUCUGUCAAUUCUUCCUCUGGACCUGGGGCAGCCAAGGGCAAGGACAGGAGCAGUGGCCAGUACUGGGACAGUGGCCAGUACCAGGGCAGUGGCCAGUACCAGGGCAGGAGCUCCUAGCUCUUGUAUCCUUUACCCCCUCACCAACUCUGCUCCUUUUCCAGGGCAUGAAUGGUUAACUUAUAAAAAACAUAAAACAAACAACAGACCAGUACCUCCAUUAUUGGAGAAUUCCUAGGGGCUGGGGGCUCUGAAUCAGGGUAAUACUCUACCUUCCCUCCCCUCUACCCACCUCAGGGCCCCUCAGGGCCUCCUCCCCCACUGUUAGUUUGAUCAGUCCUGGCACAAGAGAGUAGGGGAGGAGUAAAGUGCCACUUCUUUUUAGCAAAAGUCUCCCUCUCUGAAGUAGCUAGCCUGCCUCUUGAAUCCUUUCACCAGCUAGUAGAGCCACUUAAGCUAACAACCGCCCCUUUACCCCACCAGCUAUUUUCCAGGGUGUAGUAAUAAGUGGCAGGGACUUUCUGCCCAGGGCGGUAAUGAAAAACGUUGAGUGGGACACGGAGCACCGCUAAGGAGGCCUUGUGUCCCUUUUGGUUGCACUGGCUGGGACUGAGGGUCAGUUCCAGUUUCCCUUGCUCAUGUCUGUGGGUCUCUGCAUAUGUGCAUUUUGGUGUGUUUACGUUUGAGUUUUGUUGUUGGGGUUUUUUGUGUUUUUUUUUUCUUGUUUGUUUUGUUUUUUAAUAAAGAAAAGGUGUAUAUUUUUGGCAAGGACAGAAACGUAGUGCAGAUAUAUUUUUGCCUGUGCUGCUCAACUGUUGUUCCCCCCCCCCCCCAUGAUCUGGGAAAUACUAUUCCUGUUGAUAAGACAGGAAUAAGAUAGGAUAAGAUAGGAUGGGCCGGGACCCUUCAGAGGCAAACCCUUUGACACUUGGAAGGACUUUGGGGGACAGUUGAGAUGACCUCAGAAAUACUUUUCUAACUGCUUAUUACUAGAAAGACAUCUUCAUCUUUUCCGCUCUUGUAGACUCCUUGUCUACAAGCCAGUGAUUCUUAAGAUUCUUAGACAACCUUUUUAUCCAGGCCCACACCCUUGCCCCACACAGUCAAGUACCCUGCAUUGUGGCGCAGGAGUGCUCGGGGCUCUGGAACUCUGUUCUCGGCAGUUCCCCGGACUCCUUUCCCUGUCCUGGGCCAGGCAGGAUGCCCUAGCAGAGUCAGGCCAGGCUUGCGGAGGCCUCUGGGCAGGAUGGUUUGGUGUUGCUCCUCUUUUUUGGGGGUGGGGUGGGGAGGCAUUUUUCGAGACAGGGUUUUCUCGGUGUAGGCCUGGCUGACUUAAAACUGGCUGUGUAGACCAGGCUGGCCUCAAACUCAGAUCUGCCUGCCUCUGGGAUUAGAGGCGAGCUGGUGGUGCUACUCCAUAUCCUGAGACCUGAGGAGAGGUGAGACCUGGGGCCGCAGCAGGAGAAAAUUAGGGUCCUUGGAAGGGAGCAGGGUUCUGCAAAAUGGCUCUGACAACCUCNCUUUUUUUUUUUUUAAGACAAGGUCUACUCUUACGUAGCUUUGGUCGUCCUGGAACUUGCUCUGUAGACCAGGCUGGCCUCAGCCUCCUGAGUGCUGGGAUUAAAGGCGUGUGCCACUAUGUCUGGCUUUGGUCCAUUUUUUUGAUAAAGAGCUUGGUAGAAGGAGAGAAAGGAUGCAGAUUUGGGGCCAUCUCUAUCUGGGAGGGGGAGGAUGUGGUUUGCAGAGCGGAAGUGGAGUCUCAGAAUGCAUGAGUGGAUCUUAAUGUCACCACCCUAAGUGAGAAGAGGUGAGUGGGUGACAGAUGCUGAGCCUGUGCCCACCAGGGCAGGGGUGGCUGGGUCAUGGCUGAUGGAUGCUGACCCGAAGGGACCCGGCUGGAUUUAGGGGUCAUUGGAGCUGGCUUUACAGGCGACUGCUCUAAACCUAGGAGUGACGUUACCUCAGUAACAGCAGUGACUAGCCUUCGUACCUGGCCUUCUGGUCAUAAUUGCCCGACUGUCAAGCCUUUUAGCUGCAGCUGGUUGGCUGGCUGUCCCUGUGUGUGUGGUGAGUGUGGUGGUGUGAGUGUAGUAGGGUUGUGCCCGUGGCGGAAAGGUAUCUAUGUAGCACUGACUGUCUUAGCUCUGAGCUGACGAAUCCUCCACAGACAAUGACACUUUAAGGGUUGCCUUUAAGAGAAGAAAUAAAUUGUAUGUCCCAUCCCCUCUCCCUCAUCCCCCAGCUUGUGGGUUUCCCUCUUACGCUCCUGGGUCUACUGCUGGCCAUAGGUAGCCUGAUCAUGAGGCUGGUGGUCCCUUCCCUUCCCUAUGUUGAGAUCCAGGGAGUUCCCACCCUAGACUCCUAGGAAGGGCUUAGACAAAUGAGAGCCCAAAGAGGCUACCAGUUCUAUUUCCUCUUCCCACCCUGGAAAUGCUGACCGGUUUUCAAAGACACAGGCCCGCCCUGCUAGUCUCAGUCAUCCCAAGAGUGCAGAGGGCCCAAAGGGAGUAACAGGCAGCUGGUGCCUAGGGAGAGGUGCCCACUAGGACAGAGGGAGGUGGGGCCAGGGAGAGGUGCCCGCUAGGACGGAGGGAGGUGGGGCCAGGGAGCCCCUCUGUUCCCUCCAGCCGCUUCCUCCUGGAUUACAGGUGUGUCUAGUUCCCAGCAGACCACCUUGUCUGACCUACUGAAGCAUUGGGGACUGAGGGCCGUCCUCUUUCUCCUGUGUUCACUCUCUCCAGCCCCACUUGGGACUGAAGACCCGAAGGACUGUGGCUCCCUUCCUUCAUCCCAGCCUGUUUCCAUGUAGCAGACCCUUCCUAAGGGAGCAAGGAAGGGAAGCCACAGAUUGCAAACCCAGGGGCUCAUUUUUCAUUCUUUCUGAAACCUUUAUAUCCUCAGCCCAAGAGGCGGUGUUCCCCUGCGACCUCCAAGCCUGGAAUUGUGCAUAGCCUGGGUCUUGUAUCUUUGUAUAACGGAUGUUAUUUGUACGAAGGGCAGUUCGUAAACAGCACUUGUUCUUUUAAUAAAAGAAUGUUUUACUAAAAAAAGAAAAUCCAAAGAGACCUUGCUUUGUCUGGCU